AUGCUGAAAUCCCACAGGAUGUUCUUGCCUCUACCUCGUCGUUCCAAACACCUUACUGGUUCUAUCUUGUUAGUCCUCUUUCUAUUCUUUGUCGUAUACACAUGGCGGCCACUCCUGGCGAGGAGCGAUGUGCGUCCCACUGCUCGAGGAGUCGCCACUGCAUUGGCACUAUCCGAGCCAUCUGCCUGGUUGAGAAUUGCCAAACAGCCAGAGUUUCUGGAAGCACAAUGGCCCGAGGAACGGAAGGGACAGCUCAAGCAACAGGCAGCGCUGGGUACCACACAAUUUCCAACGACUGCCGCCCCAAUCAUACCCGUUGUCGUCUUCGCAUUCAAUCGAGGCGACCACCUACGUCGAACCAUCGACUCCGUCUUGUCUUCAGCUUCGUACUCGCCCAGUCUCCAUCCAAUUUUCAUCAGCCAGGACGGCGACGACUCAGCAGUAACAGAGGUCAUAGAAUCGUACGGCCAGAAAAUCCACCAUCUCAGGUAUCACUGGCCAGGGAAACCAAAGAAGGAAGUUAAACUCCCUGCAGAAUACCUCCAACCACCUUGGAUUGAGCUACCCCCCGAAUCGCGACCACCACCCAUAACGCCCUACCUCAAGAUCGCGGGCCACUACGAAUUCGCCCUCACCGAAAUGAUGGAUUACGUGGACGGCCACAACCGCUGGGAUCGUCUCAUCAUGCUCGAAGAUGACAUGGACGUCGCACCAGAUUUCUUCUCAUACUUCCGCAAGAUGUCUCCGUUCUUCGACACCGACCCCUCGCUGUACUGCGUCUCGGCCUGGAACGAUCACGGCCAGAAACCCUUCGUGAGCGAUGCCACUGCUCUCUAUCGCACGGAAUGCUUCCCAGGGCUCGGCUGGAUGUGGUCACGAGAACGAUGGAAUGAGCUGAAAGAUUGGAUGCCGGGCUGGUGGGACGACUGGUUGCGGGAGCCGACACAGCGGAAAGGCAGGAGUUGUGUCUAUCCGGAGGUCAGUCGUGUGUAUACCUUUGGCGCGGAGGGGACGAGUACUGGAUGGUUCUUUGCUCCGUGGUUGACCAGUAUGCAACUGAACGAGGAGAAUGUCGAUUGGGAUGCGGUGGAUGUUGGGUAUCUGCACCAGGAUUUGUAUGAUGAUCUGCUGAAAGACCAAUUACGCUCGGCCAUACGGAUUGAUGGUGUCGGGGAGGCCAAAAGAGCGAUUGAUCGUGAUUUGGCUGGUCGUAUGGACAGACCGCUGGAUGUGGAUGAAAGGUUGAUCGAGUAUGGUGAUUUGGCGGAUUUGACGUCGUUGAUGAUGACUGCUCGUCUGCUCUAUGAGCACAAAGCUGGCGUUCCGAGGACGAGCUAUCGAGGAGUUGUGCACUUUCGCUAUCGCGGAAUCAGGAUAUGGAUGGUGCCCAAGAGCUUUGCACGGGGGCCGGGUUGA